ACGAAUUCCGAGUUUCUGACUGACAGCAUAUCUGUUAUCUGUAUGCCACGCUAGGAUUUGUCUUUCUUCCAUUUAUUGUAUCAACUUGAGUUUUCAAUUUACAUAAGUUCUAGAAACAGCAUAAGUGCUACCUAAUUAAUAAGUGACCUGUGAAAUUAGUGUAGAUUAUGGUCUGUUUGCUUUGAUAUAUGUACCAGAAGUUGGACCUUGAAGUGAUUCACAGAAGUGAUUAUAAAAAUAAUGGUGUCUGUCAUUUAUAUGACUACUUACAAAACAGUAUUGUUUAUAAAUUCUAUCAAUUGCGACUUGUAAAGUUUUGAAGUGAUGAAAACAUAUAAUUCUUAAAUAUUUUAGAAAGUGUCCCUUUCGAGUGAGGCUUUUGAAUUUGUUUAUUAAAAAAAUUGCCUAAUUGAAGGCAAAUUAUUAGUAGUGUACCUACCCAUUAUAAUUACAGAGACAGUAAUGUCGGUGACGUAGGUAUGUCAGCUGCUGCAGAGACGCUGCCGGCGUCCAGCUCGCGUAAUCCUGGCCCUGCACCUACUUCCUCCACUCCCCCAACUCGUCAACCAGCUCUCAAACACACAGUUCAUUGGUUUCGAAAAGGUUUACGUCUACACGAUAAUCCCGCUUUACGAGAGGGAUUAGUUGAUGCAGUCACUUUUCGAUGCGUGUUUAUAAUUGAUCCCUGGUUCGCAAGUUCCUCGAAUGUCGGUAUUAAUAAAUGGAGAUUCCUAUUACAAUGUCUGGAAGAUUUGGAUAGAAGCUUAAGAAAAUUAAACUCUCGCCUUUUCGUGGUACGCGGACAGCCUGCAGAUGCGUUACCUAAACUUUUUCGUGAGUGGGGCACUACGGCGCUCACUUUCGAAGAGGAUCCUGAGCCCUAUGGCAGGGUCCGGGAUCACAAUAUUAUGACGAAAUGUCGCGAAGUCGGUAUAACUGUUAUUUCGCGCGUUUCACAUACUUUAUACAAACUUGACCAAAUAAUAGAAAGAAAUGGAGGAAAAGCACCUCUAACAUAUCAUCAAUUCCAAGCUUUGAUUGCGAGCAUGCCCGCACCGCCUGCUGCAGAAUCCGCGAUUUCAUUACAAAAUUUAAAUGGUGCGACGACUCCUCUUACGGUGGACCAUGAUGAUCGUUUUGGAGUACCAACUUUGGAAGAACUUGGAUUCGAAACCGAAGGUCUAAAGCCACCAGUGUGGAUUGGUGGUGAAAACGAAGCCCUAGCUAGAUUAGAGCGACACCUAGAGAGGAAAGCAUGGGUAGCUUCAUUUGGUCGACCUAAAAUGACACCGCAAUCGUUGUUAGCCAGCCAAACGGGAUUAUCGCCCUAUUUAAGAUUCGGAUGUCUUUCGACGCGUCUAUUUUAUUAUCAGUUAACAGAACUCUAUAAGAGGAUAAAAAGAGUUCGGCCACCCCUGUCUUUACAUGGCCAAAUAUUGUGGAGAGAAUUUUUUUAUUGUGCAGCAACUCGCAACCCUAAUUUUGACAGAAUGGUAGGAAAUCCUAUUUGCGUACAAAUUCCGUGGGAGAAAAAUCAAGAUGCUUUAGCAAAAUGGGCGAAUGGUCAAACUGGUUUUCCAUGGAUCGAUGCUAUUAUGAUUCAGCUCAGAGAAGAAGGCUGGAUCCACCAUUUAGCAAGACAUGCAGUGGCCUGUUUUUUAACUCGGGGUGAUUUAUGGAUCUCAUGGGAAGAAGGGAUGAAGGUAUUUGAUGAGCUACUAUUAGAUGCAGAUUGGUCUGUGAAUGCGGGCAUGUGGAUGUGGUUAUCCUGUUCUUCCUUUUUUCAACAAUUUUUUCACUGCUACUGCCCUGUUAGAUUUGGACGUAAAACGGAUCCUAAUGGUGACUUUAUCAGAAAAUAUAUUCCAGCAUUGAAGAAUAUGCCAACUAGGUAUAUUCAUGAACCAUGGGUGUCGCCAGACUCUGUUCAACAAGCAGCUCGGUGUAUCAUUGGCAGGGAUUAUCCACUGCCUAUGGUGGACCACACGAAGGCGUCACAAAUUAAUAUCGAACGUAUAAAACAAGUUUAUGCGCAACUCGCUAAAUAUAAACCUCAAGGUGUGAUCAACCAAGUCAUACAACGCCCAAAUGUCAUGCAAUCGUCACCUAGUCCAACAUCAAUAAUUGCAAGUAUUAAUCAAUCUAAUUACUUGUGCAGUCAAAUAACAGAGGUGCAAAACACGACGACUCCUUCCGCUCAAGAAUUAAAAGAGGAUGACAUAUUCAUCCGACCUAAUAAUGUUGAUACAAAACCACCUUUGUUUAAGCAAGUUUUAUUUGUUCAUCAAAAGGCUAAGUUGGUGCAGCAAUCGAGUUCCUGUCCACCACCCAAAGAACAUUAUCUCAUGAAUGGUGAGCUUAAUAUUUACAAAAUGAAUAACACUGAGGAUUUGCAAAAUUCCAAUAAGAAUGAAAAUUGUAACCAUAAAAAUCUCACACUGAGUAGAUGUAAUGCUAAUUUCAACAAAAACCAGUUUGAAAAGAAUUCAGAUACAAGUGGAACUUAUGCACAAAGCAUUAAAAUUGUUGAAUAUGAAGAUGAAAAACCUAAACUGUUCAUGAUGUCAAAUGGUAUUGUGCCCCACAAUAAUCUAAAAGACAAUUACCUUAAUUCUUCGUUAAUUAAAGAAUAUGACGCAGACAACAAAAAAUCUAUAACCAAAGGUGGUAAAAUUCACCAAAUUGUAAUAAAUAAUGAUAGACAAUUUCUUGGAGUGCCAGAUAAAAAUACUGAGCAACAUGAAAACUAGGGUUUAUAGUAUUUUUAUGUUGUGAUCCUGAACUGUAUUUAAGUUGUAAUUUAAGUGUGGAAAACACGAUUUUUUAUAGAUAUUCCUUUAAUAAAACUAAGUAAAUUUUUGUAAAA